AUGCCGCCCCCAACACCCGAGCGCCGCAGGUGCAGGCAGCCGCCGGCAAGCCUAGGGUCAGCUUUUGGUGCCAACACGGUCCCAAGCCAAGCCCUAGCGGCCAAGUCCAAUCCAAAAGGCGAGAGAGCCACGGGGACGCUGGCCACGGGCGACGGCAAGACUUUGAACGGCACCAGCAACCAUCCACGGCCGCCAAGACGACCAAUAAUGGACGUGGACGAUGCAUCAGAUGCAGAGUCGAGCGAGAUCCAGCCACCCCGACGCCAUGCACCCGGCGAGGGUGCGGCGGCCAAACCUAUGCCGUCAACGCCCAGGCGCCGUCGCUUGAUUGAUGCUCUGGCCGCCCAGCGGACCAGGAGUCCGGAGCCGGCGUCAAUGCCGGCCGACGAGGGGGCGUCGCAGCGGACCGACGACUCGACCGUGUCGUCGCUGCCGUCCCGCUCCGCCUCGGCCCAGGACCUCCGUCUCCGUGGAGUCGACAGGCGGGGGGCGACGCCUUCGAGAAGCCGAGUCAAGUUCACCUACAACAAGAGCAGAAGCAACUUGAGCGAAUCGCGCCAGGCUGGAGAGAGGGAACCGCCCUCGCUCGAGGCCGACGAAGAGGAGACCAUGUCCUCGGCCCCGGGUCUGUCGAGUCCCAGCACGCCGGCUCUCGUCGUCGAGGAGGACCAGGACGAUGACGACACGCAGCCUGCCAUCAAGAGCAUACACGAGCUGCGGCGCGCGGGCGCGAACAACAGAUUUUCCGACGAACUCGACGACCUGCUCGGCAGGAUCGGUGCUCCCGACGGCGGCUCUCUGACGAUGCGGAGAAACGCGCUCUGCGAGCUGGCGAGUCGAUUGCAGAGGGACAGCUUCGCGGGGCAGUUUCGCGACCACGGGUCCCGCGACAAGGUCGCCAAGGGCAUCGGCAAGGAAGAUGACGUGGUGAGCGGCUUUGCCCUGACGGCCGCGCUCAUCGUCUUUCUGGAGUUUGGUCCGGCGCCGCAUCUGCUGCGUCAACUCUGCAACCAAGGCUUAGGCCGGCUGCUGGGCCGGCUGCUACGAACGACCGAGGACAUGGACGUCAUCGCGUCGCAGAGGCAGACGAACCUGGCGCGAGCGGCCAGAGCCUCGGUCCACGGCGUCAAGGUCAGCCUGACACGCAUGCCGAUCUGGCAUGGGUCGCCGCCGGAUCGGCUUUCGCCUCGGACCGUCGCCUUGCGACUGCUGGAAACCGUCGCCCGAUGCUCCGACGGUCAGCUGCUGGAGACGGUCGUCGGGGACCUCGAGCGGGACCUCAUCCGGACGGCGGCCGAAUGCGCGGCGGCCGAGGGCGAAGCGGGUGUCGACGAGGCUCUCGUCAUCACGGCCCUCCAAGUGCUGUCGAGCGCCGGCAUCACACCCGGAGGCAGCCAUCAAGGGCCCGGCGCCGCCGAACUCCCUGCGAGCGUGGCCAGCAUGCUGCCGAAGGCGCUCAGGCGUUGGCCUGACGAGCGAGGGGACACGGCGGUGGCGACUCUGAAGCUGGCCAUCAACAUCACGAACACUGCGUCGGGCACGGCCGCGUUUGACGACGGCAGCCUGCUGUCACGGCUCGCCACCUGCAUGGCGGAGAGCUUCGGCAAGGCGCAGGAGGCCAUCGACAACGGCCGGCUCGAGGACGACAUGUACGACGGCCUCCUGCUCCUCCUCGGCCUCGUCAUCAACAUCGUGGAACACUGCCCGGCCGCUCGGCUGUCGAUGGGAAACGAGCCGCUCGGAGCGCUCGUCAGCCUUUGGCAGGGGAACCAGCUGGCCGCAAGCGAGGCCGAUUCGGUGGAAAUGUCCAAGUUUAGCGUCGCCACGGGCUACCUGGCCGUGCUCCUCGGUUAUCUGUGUCUCGCCCGGACCGGCCGGCAGCUGGUCGAGGGCACCGACGCGGGCAUGCGCGGCUUGAUCACCUCGAUCCGCGACUUCGCCGUCAUGCACGAAACGGUGGACAGCAAGACGCACGAGCUCGAGCUGCUCGUCAACGAGCUUCGACAACAGAUGCACUCUGGCCGAUGA